CAAUUCAUAGAGGCGCUCGUGCAGGGGAUUUCUUGUCUCGCGCUCCGGCAGAUGUUGUAGGAGUGUGCUAAGACAAUGGAGAUAAAAAAGGGAUUUCUUUCUGGCUUAAUCAUUGCAUCAUGUUUCCUCAUAAGCACCGCACAACAAACAGGAUGCCAGGAUGAAAAAUUGGCAUUUGACAUGGUGUUCCUCGUGGAUAGUUCCAGCAGCAUCAGCACUCGAGACUUCAAGGAGAUAACAGCGUUCAUGCGGACGUUUGUGAGCGGUUUGGAAAUUGACUCUAAGAAGGUGCAGGUUGGCAUCGUUCAGUUUAACACUGAUCCCCACAAAGAAGUCCUGCUGGGCGACUAUGCCAACAAAGCAGAUUUGGUACAGAAGAUCGAUAAGCUUCCCUACCGAACCGGAGGCACAUAUAUGGGAAAAGCCAUGACCUCUCUUAAAGAAAACUAUUUCACAAGCGCUGGUGGUAGUCGGGUGGAUCAGAACGUGCCUCAGAUUGUUGUGGUGGUCACAGAUGGAGACUCAGCUGAUGAUAUAAAAGAACCUGUUGAAGAUUUACAAGCAAAGGGUAUUAUCAUCUUUGCCAUUGGUGUUGGUGAAACCAAUGCGACGGGGUUAAAGGCCAUUGCCAACACCCCACCUGAGCGUUUUGUGAAGAAUAUUGACAGCUACCAAGCACUGCAAACAGUGAUCACUGAAAUGAUGGAGACGGUGUGCACCUUAAUGAGAGAUCAAGGCAGAGCCAUUGCCCCAAAGUUUGCAGAUGUGUUUGUCCUGGUGGACAGUUCAGCCCAGAGCGAGAAACAAAAGAUAAGAGAUCUUCUCACCCAGUUGGCUCUCAAGCUCAAAGUGGGCGAUGGAUCAAAUAAAAUUGCACUGGCUCAGUUUGGUGAAAAUGUCACCACAGAGUUUUUAUUCAACGACUACAAGGACACAGAAAAAGCCAUUGAGCUCAUAAGGCGAUUCGAACCUAAGCCCAAUGGAGAGCGGAAAUUGGGAAAAGCCAUGGAUUACUUUCGCAAUCACUUUCUUAACCCAAUGAUUGGCAGCAGAAUUUAUGAAGGCUACAAGCAAAACCUACUAGUGAUCAAAAUAGGGGAGUCUGCCGACUCUGUGCUCAGGGCCACGCAAAUCUUGAAGAGCGAAGAUGUGACCGUUAUUGAUAUAAGUUUGACAGAUGUUUUACCUUCCCCCACAGCUGAUUUAGCUUUCCCUUCAGUAUUUCUUCACAGUGUCGAAGGGGAUACCUCGGAUUCUGCCUCGGACCUCACAAAAACAAUUAAACAGGAGAAGGUUAUCAAUGUUACAGGAGACUGCAUAUCAGCCCAAGUGGCAGAUAUUGUGUUUAUUGUGGACGAAUCAGGUAGUAUCGGAACAAAUAACUUCAACCUGAUAAGACAUUUCUUGCAUCACAUCGUAAGUGGUCUGGAUGUGAAACCUGACAGUGUGAGGGUAGGACUGGUGCUUUACAAUGACAAAUCCAGUGGUGCAUUUUACUUGAACUCUUUUGUGAGCAAGAAGGCCCUUUUGGAUUAUAUUAAUAUCAUACCAUACAGAGGUGGAGGAACCAACACUGGUGAAGCCCUGAGGUUUGCUAAAGAAAACGUUUUCAUUCCUAGAAAGGGCAGCAGAAAAGCUCUUGGUGUCAAACAGAUCGCCAUCGUGAUUACCGAUGGAAAAUCACAAGAUAAUGUCACCAACCCUGCAGCUGAGCUGAAGCGCUGGGGAGCCACUGUUUAUGCCAUCGGGGUGAAAGAUGCCAAUUUCAAGGAGCUGACGGAAAUCGCAUCUUAUCCCGACAGCCAGUUUGUGUUCCAUGUGGAAAGUUUUCAUAAUCUUACGUCACUCGAGAAGAAUCUUAGAAAAGGCGUUUGUAAGACCGUCGUCGAUAUAAGGUUUGACAAGGACAGGAAACGCAUCCUUAAACAAGCUUGUGUGAAUACAGAAGAAGCUGACAUCUAUUUUCUGCUUGACAAUUCCGAGGGCACUCGUGCCGACUUUGAAGACGUUAAGAAGUCCAUUCUGUACCUUCUGCAAUUGUUCAACAUUGGACCAAAUCACGUCCGUGUGGGUGUUGUGAAAGCUGACAGCACACCAACACUAGAGUUCAGUCUGGAGGACCACAAAGACAAAGAGUCCUUAAUAAGGGAUGUGAAUACAAUGGUUCAGCCCAGAGGAGGCACAGGGACAGGCAAAGCACUAACAUAUAUGGCUGAACUUUUUAAGAAGGCGAAAAAGUCUCGCCAAGUUGACGUGCAAAAAAUUCUCAUUGUCAUUACUGAUAAGAAAUCUCAAGAUACUGUGAGUGAUCCAGUAGCUGAACUGAUGAGUCUAGGUGUUUCAGUCUAUGCUGUCGGAGUAAAGGAUGCUAAUCUGGCUCAGCUCAUGGAAAUGGCAGAUGACUCAAGGAGGUUUUUUGUCCCUAACUAUGACGCCCUGAAUACUAUCAAGACUGAAGUUCUUACAGAAAUUUGCUCACAGGAGGCCUGCAGGAACAAGGUGGCAGAUGUCAUGUUUUUAAUUGAUGGCUCUUCGAGCAUUCAUGAGAACGACUUCAAAUUAAUGAAGACAUUUAUGAACAAAUUGGUCAAUGGGUCUGUUAUUGGACAAGAUGAUGUGCAUUUUGGUGUGGUCCAGUUCAGCGAUAACCCAAGCAAGGAAUUUCAACUGGACGAUAUCUUUGACGGUGCUAAACUGCACAAAAAGAUCGAUGACAUCAGACAAAUAGAAGGGAGAACUUACACGGGCAAAGCGCUCUUGUUCGUUUCAGAGUUUUUUGAUGUGAAUUUGGGUGGCCGGUCAAACAUUCCACAGUUUCUUAUAGUUAUCACAGACGGGGAGGCCCAUGAUGCAAAGGAUAUCGCUACCAAUGCCAAAGCCAUCAGAGGCAAGGGUGUGACCGUAUACUCCAUCGGCGUGGGCAACAGGAUUAACACUACGCAGCUACUGGAGAUCAGUGGAUCCCAAGAUAAAGUGUAUGUGAAAAAAGAUUUUGAGGCACUUCAGUCCAUAGACAAAGACCUACAAUUCAAGAUCUGCACCACAGACACAGAUGUUUGUGAGAAAAAACCGUUAGCUGAUGUAAUCUUCCUGGUGCAGUAUACCAGCCAGAUUCGUAUCCAAGACUUUGAAAGCAUCAAAAACUUUUUAACUUCUGUGGUGAACAGUACACAGAUUGGAGAUAACCUAAUUCGCAUUGGCAUUAUUGUCUUCUCAGACACUCCAUAUAUAUCCACUUUAAACCGGUACAACAAUAAACGUCAGGUACUUGAAGACAUAAAACAGUUGAAGUCACCACCUGGAAAUGCAAACACAGCAAAGGCCCUCGAGUAUGCACUCCCUUACUUCGAUGAAGCAAGUGGUGGGCGCCAGAAACGGGGCAUCCCUCAAAUGCUGUUCUUGAUCACGGACUGUGCGGCUAAAGACAAAGAUAAUUUAGAUGCACAAGCUAAACAAUUCACAAACAAGCAGAUUCACAUGUAUGGAAUUGGAAUAGCCAAAGCACAAAGGAGUGAGCUGGAGAUUAUAACCAAUAACAAAAACAAAGUCUUCCAGGUUGAUAAAUAUAAUGCCCUUCAAAGCCUGCAAAGUAACAUAUCCAAGGUGCUGUGCGACAUAACUAAACCAGAAUGUGUUAAUGAAGUUGCCGACCUGGUGUUUCUAAUCGAUGGAUCUGAAAGUAUCAAAAAGGAUCAAUGGAAAAUUAUGAUUUCUUUCUUGAUCAACAUCGUGGACAAGCUCAGGGUCUCAAAUACCCUUUUUAAAAUUGGCGUAGCCCAGUUCAGCAAAGAGUAUCGAAAAGAGUUCUACUUGAAUGAGCACAACAAUACAGAAGGGGUGAAAUCAGCCAUCCAAAAGAUCGAGCAGAUACGCGGAGGGACACUAAUUGGAAAUGCGCUCCAUAAUGUAAGAGAAUUCUUUGAAGAAAGGAAAGGCAGUCGCAUAGUCAAAGGCGUACCACAAAACCUUGUGCUCAUUACUGAUGGUGAUUCAGAUGAUAAUGUUGAACCACCUGCUGAUGCUCUGCGGGCCAUGGGGAUUAAUCUUUUUGCGAUUGGAAUAGGGGACGUCUCAUUGCCAGAGCUCAGUUAUAUUGCCGGCUCAGAAGACGAUUCAAGAUUAUUCAUGGUGAACGAUUUUAACGAACUUAAUUUGAGGAACAAAUUAGAAACAUUUGUUGAUGCCAUUUGCAAGCCUCAAGAUGAACCAGCAAAGUGCACUGUUGACAUCGCCUUUGGUUUCGAUAACUCCCGGACCAGUUCAAGUUUUCCAUCAAUUUUUAGUAACCAGCUGAAGCUGCAGUCUUUUCUGCCUCAGAUUGUCAAAGACAUGUCAGUCGUGAACAACCUAUGCUGUAGCAACAAAUCAGUCACGAACAACAUACAACUUCGAUUGGUCAGUGCUGAUGGACAGGAGCUUAAUGAUUAUUCAUUUGAAGGGUACAAGGCGGAUGUGAUGGAAAAAGUGAUGGCACUACGGAGUACAAAAGCACUGAAGUUCAACACCAUGCUACUGGGUCACUUUCAGGAAAAGUUUUUAAAAUCUAAUGCUGAAAUCAAGGUGCUGGUCAUCUUUACAGACGGGUUGGAUGAGCCUGUUGAGAAUCUUCUUACUGCCACUAAGAACCUCAGAAAGAGCGGUGUCCAUGCCCUACUGACUGUGGCAUUAGAUGGCAUGAACAACGCUGCUGAUCUGCAGAGGUUGGAGUUUGGACGAGGGUUUGGCUACAAGCAGCUUCUCUCUGUCGGCAUGCAAAAUGUGGCCAAUGUCAUGCAGACAGAGAUCGAUACGAUUGUUUCCAGGGUCUGCUGUAAUGUGCUGUGUAAGUGCACUGGUACGCCGGGAGUUCAUGGACCUCCGGGUUAUCGAGGGGAUAAGGGGUUACCUGGACAGAGAGGAGUUCCUGGAUUCCCUGGAGAUGAAGGAGAAGUUGGUCCGAGAGGGUUACCUGGUUUAAAUGGGACACAAGGCCAUCGGGGAUGCCAUGGAAAAAGAGGCAGUAAAGGUGUCAGAGGCAGCAGAGGUGAAAAAGGAGAUGCAGGAGAAGAUGGUCUAAAUGGAGUAGAUGGUGAACAGGGUCUUACUGGAGUAGCAGGAAGCCCAGGAGAGCUAGGAGAUCCAGGCAACCCAGGUCCACGCGGUAUUGGUGGGGACCCUGGAAACUCAGGAGAACGAGGUUUAAGAGGAGAUCCGGGAGAUUCAGGAAUAGACAACAAUAAACGUGGUCCUAAGGGGGACAGUGGCUUCCCAGGCAUACAGGGUGAUCCAGGUGAAGAUGGUCAAGCUGGUCUUGAUGGUGAAAAUGGCAGACCGGGUUCUAAUGGCAGAAGAGGCUCACCUGGUCAACCGGGUCCCAGAGGUCCUCCAGGAGAGCCAGGACUGCAGGGGCUUCCUGGUGCUUCAGGUCCCUCGGGUGCUUCUGGACCACCAGGUUCUGUUGGGCAGAAGGGUUUUCCUGGACUGCCUGGACCUCAGGGACCUCCUGGUUCUCAAGGAAGGCCUGGAUCUAAGGGAAGUUUAGGGUCCAGGGGACAAAAGGGCCAGCCAGGUGACCUUGGAGAUAAAGGAGCUCGUGGGCCUGCAGGACCCAGAGGACUGCCGGGAAAGGAUGGUGCAGAUGGUUAUGGAUUCCCAGGAACCAAAGGACAAAAGGGGGAUAAUGGUUUCCCAGGUUAUCCUGGACCUUGGGGUGAACGGGGGGAUUCAGGCAAAGAUGGAGGUCCUGGACGUAAAGGCAAUGUGGGAAGAGGGGGCAAUGCUGGAGAUACAGGACCGUCUGGUGACCCUGGUAAUCAGGGGGUGCCCGGACACAGGGGCCUGAAGGGACCACGUGGAGAAAGACAACUGUCUGACUGUCAGCUGAUCUCAUAUGUUCGGGACAACUGUUUGUGCUGUAAAGAUAACCUAAAAUGUCCUGCCUACCCCACUGACCUUGUGAUCGGCUUAGACAUGUCUGAAGACGUGACCCCUCAAGGCUUCAAACAAAUGCUUUCUGCCGUCCUCGCCCUGCUGGACAACAUCAACAUCGCCGAAAGCAACUGCCCAACGGGAGCGCGGGUGUCUGUGGUCUCUUACAGCUCUCAUACCAGAUACCUGAUCCGUUUCACAGACUAUCACCGCAAGAACCAGCUUAUUCAUGCCAUCAAUAACAUCGCUCAUGAACGCACUUCAAAUCGUCGUAAUCUCGGCGCUUCCAUGAGGUUUGUCGGCAGGAACGUCUUUAAGCGAGUACGAAAGGCAACCCUGAUGAGAAAGGUUGCCAUCUUCUUCUCCAGCGGGGAAUCACAGGACUCUACAUCCCUCACCACAGCCAUUCUAGAGUACAAAGCUCUGAACAUUAAGCUUGGGGUUGUCGGGCUAAGAAAUCUCCCUUCUAUUAGAAGUGCCAUUGAGGCCGAUGAAAGCAAAAGUUUUAUCUUCAGUGUACUUGCCAGAAAUGCAGAGCCGAAAGCUUCCCUCAGUAAGAUCCAGAAUUGCGUUAUCUGCUUUGAUCCCUGUAGUCCAACUAGGGAAUGUGAGGGCACCAACCUCCUGCCUACUACUCAAGAAGUAGACCUUGACCUGGCAGUACUUGUCGAUGGUUCCCGUAGCAUCCUGGCUGAUCAGUACGAAGGAGUUAAGGAGGUUCUUGGCAAUGUUCUUGACCAGAUUGUCGUGAGCAGUCAACCCAGCAAGGCAGACAGACAGGCGAGAGUGGCCGUCUACCAACAGAGCUCCACCUACAGCGAAGCCCAGGCUGGUGUAAAGGUCAUAUUCAGCUUCCAACAGUUUCAGGAUCGCAGUCUAAUGAAGAGAAGCAUCAACCAGGAAUUAACGCAAACUGGAGGGUCAUCAAGGUUGGGUCACGCAGUGGAGUACGCUAUAAAGCAGGGCGUCCUUUCAGCUCCCAAGGGUCGCAAAAACAAAAUGGUUCUGGUCAUUGUUGGAGAGGAGACAUCAUAUCAAGACAGAGAAAAGCUGGACACUAUCUCCAUGUUGGCAAAGUGUAAGGGUGUGGUAGUCUUCACUCUGACAGUGGGUGAUCACUUUAACAAUACUCAGGUGGAGGAGCUUGCCAGCUAUCCCUUGGAGCAGCACUUAAUUCACCUGGGUCACUUGAAACAUGGAGAGCAGGAUUACACUCAGCGCUUUAUCAGGACUUUCUUUCACAUUCUGAGCAAGAAUGUAAACUCCUAUCCUCCCCCAUCAUUGAAGAGCCAGUGUAAUAAUUUUCAGGAAGAUUUAGGUCAACGUUUUGAAGCUGCAGAGAGGCCUGUACACAGGGUUCCGAUCCCAGUCACUCCUACCACGAAGAAGGAACAGGAGGUGGAGCAGACUGAAGCCCCUCAGACUUCAGGCCGUGGAGACUCGCUUGGACCUGCUGACCCUUCAGGCAGUCAGUGUCACCAGAACAGCGACCGCGGUGUCAUCUGUGGUGAAUAUGUGCAACAGUGGUUCUAUGAUCCCGCAGUCGGUGCAUGUUUAUUGUUCUGGUAUGGAGGUUGUGGCGGGAACAGUAACCGUUUUGGUUCAGAAAGGGAAUGUCUGCAAACCUGUGGCAAACACAAGUUGGAGGUGCAGAAAAAAGAAGAAGCAACAUUAUCUGAUGAUCCAUGCUUCAUGAAACAAGAUAUUGGACCCUGCAGUAAUUAUGUUUUAAGAUGGUACUACGACAUCCAGCAGAAUGAAUGUGCCUACUUCUGGUUUGGAGGAUGUGAAGGAAACGGAAACAGGUUUAACACGAAGAAGCAGUGUGAAAAACUUUGUGUAAGGCCAAUUUAAACUAGGAUUGCUUUCUAAAUGACACUUCAGUAGACAUUUAGCAAGUCCUUGUACUUUCUCAGAACCAUGUUAUUUUUUUAAAUGGAUUGGGAUUGUCCAUACAUUAAGCACAAUUUCAUAAUGGAACUUUUGCAUCAUUUUUAACAUUAGUUUGUUGCAGUGUCUAAUUUUUGUGCCACUCUGCAGCAAGAAAUGUUUUUCAUCAACUUACAAAUUACUUUAAAGUUGUCCCUGUGCAUUAUGCUGGGAUAUGAUAAAUAUUUAAGCGUACAGAACUGCAUAUACUAUACUGUACUGUAAUCUAUUUUUUUUAAAGGGCACUAAAAGUGGUCUAGAACCAUAUGGUGCUAUGGUGAUAUACAUUAUCACCACUUAUGGUUCUUAUAGGUGCUAUGUAGCACUACAAAUGAUUUCCCUAUAAUAACGAGCUGUUAGUGCUGUUUAGCACCACAUUUUUAGAGUGUACAGAAGUGAACCAUCAUCUGAUUUUGUGAAGGUAAAAUAUUACUGUAAAAUGAACGGUUUUUUUUGGUGAAGAAUUGUGACAUGGCACUAAUGAAGUGCAUUUAAAUUUGAUACUGACUAAAACACAUGGAGUUUUUUUAACUGUGUACAUAAAAUUUAAUAGAACCCAUGGCUGCUUUUAAAGUGUAUGCAUGAAAUAGUAUGCAUACAUGUAUAUUGUGUGUAUUGUGAAUAAUGCAAUACAAAUAAAAUUGGAUUCACUGUGUUGUUCCAAA